AAGAAAACGACCCACAGGAGCCCUAGAUACAGAGUACUAUCCCAGCGCCAAUCCUCCCCUUUAUACCCGGAACCACCCCCCUAUCGAUGACAUGUAUAACAUAAUUCUCUAUCUUCGACACUCCUGUGUUUUGUUCAUACGAGCCAGAUAUCUGCUUCUUUGAACCCUGUUGUCCUCGUUAUUGCGCGCCGACCAGUCGUCUCUCCCAUAUGUCUUCCGCUCAAACGACUCGAAGUUGGCAUGGCUGAUUUCUUGCACCGUUUUCACUUUGGCAGACUCUCCCUGUCGACCACCAGCCUCUUAUUUUGUACCUUCUCCCUCCUCUAUCUUUUCUCCCUCUGCUACUAUUAUUUCGCCAGCUAUCGUGAUCCCACAUCCUAUUUCUUUGACCCCCUUCGGGCCUACGAGCGGCGAUAUUCGUCAACAAGAAUUGCAGAGGCGGAGGGAUUUUUACUCAAUGCCAGUGCUAUUAAUCAACCGGCGAGGUCGGAAAACUGGAUCCCUACGAUAUGCGUAGGAAUAGCAACUGUCCGUCGGAGGGGAGAGCAAUAUGUAGGCUUGACAUUGGCAUCCCUUCUGGCCGGCCUGACCGAGGCGGAGAGAAAUAGCAUCUUUCUAAACCUUCUCAUCGGUAACUCAGAGCCAUGGGAACAUCCAAUUUAUUCAGAGAAGUGGGUUGAGACGUUGCCAGACCGCGUACUGACGUACGGACAAGACGAUCCCGACUUUGAGCGUAUCAAGAACUGGGAGGACGGUGGUUGGUAUCGAAACAAAACUAUUCACGACUAUACGCAUCUGAUGCAGGACUGUUACGAUACUGGCGCGGAGUAUGUGGCGAUGAUCGAGGACGAUACGUUAGCGGUGAAGGGCUGGAUCGCGCCCGCCUUACAGGCCCUCGAUAUCGUCAAAGAACGAACCGCGAAUGAGAGAUGGAUGUACCUGCGACUCUUCUAUGCCGAUGACCUCCUUGGCUGGAAUUCGGAGGAGUGGCCAAUAUAUUUGGCUUGGUCGUUUGCAAUCUGGGCAUUGCUUACAGUGACGAUGGUAGCCGCCAAAAGAGUAUUCAAGCACGAGCUGAAGACGUUUCCAGCCAGCACGAUUUGGAUCAUAUCCUGUGUGUUCAUCCCCGCUGCUAUUGCGCUCCAUUUUAUGGCGGGAAAACAGACAGUGUGGCCCAUGUCCCCCGGCGUCCAUGAGAUGAACAGAUACGGAUGCUGCUCGCAGGGCCUCGUGUUUCCUCGUUCUAUUAUACUCGACUUUCUUGCGCGGACAGACCUGACGACCGACUGGCUGGUAGACAUGAUGGUGGAGAAGAUCGCAGAUAAUGAGGGCUGGACACGCUGGGCGGUGGUCCCGUCUUUACUGCAGCAUAUUGGGGCUACCAGUUCUAAAGGAUAUGGGUUUGAUGAUUCGGCGAGGACUCUAUGGAAUUUUAGAUUUGAAGAAUACCCGUACUAGUCACUUAACCUUACAAUUUAUCUAAAUAAUAUAACCUUCUAUUACAGAA